CUCCAUCCCCUCGCAGUUGAGUGCGCGAGGGGGCAAACUGCGCGCUGGGUGGGGUAGGGGGCUGCCGGCCUCUGCGUGCGUGCGUGCGUCCGUCCGUCCGUCGGUCUGCCCGGCUGCCAGAUUGCAGAUCCCGCCUGGCUCGGCCGCUGUUGCCACCACCUUCUAGCCCGACCUUUCCUUGGUGUCCACUCCCAGCUCCCCUACUCCUAGACCGACAACAUGGAGUGCCAAGAGAAUCAGUACCGGGACCAGUGGGGACAUUGUGUCACUUGCCAACAGUGUGGCCCUGGCCAGGAGCUCUCCAAGGAAUGUGGCUAUGGGGAAGGAGGAGAUGCCUUCUGUACCCCUUGUCCCCCCCGAAGAUAUAAAAGUGGCUGGGGCCACCAUAGCUGCCAAGCCUGCCUGACUUGUGCUGUCAUCAACCGAGUCCAGAAAUUCAACUGCACUGCCACUUCCAAUGGAGUCUGUGGAGACUGUCUCCCCAGGUUCUACUGUAAGACCCGAAUCGGUGGCCUUCAGGACCAGGAGUGCAUCUCAUGCACCAAGCAGACCCCUGUGUCAGAGGUUCAAUGUGCCUUCCGACUGAGCUCUGUGAAGCUUGAGGUGCCCACGGCGCCCCCUCAGGAAGCCACACUCAUGGUGCUAACAAGCAGCCUGCUGAUUGUUUUUGUUCUGGCCCUCAUAUUCUUUGCCAUCAUCUACUGUAAGCGUUUCAUCAAGCGCCAAUUCCGGCAUGGCUUCAUUGGAUCUCCAGACUUUCGGGGACAGAGAGAAAUAUCUCAGGCUUCUGAUUAUGCAGGUCUAUGCCACAGCAGAGAGCUGGGCAUGAAGAAUAUCGGUCCUGUUGUCGAACAAAAUGGAGCCCCUGAGGAUUCGGUUCAGUUUGUGGCUGACAGUCCAGCAUCCAGAGCGAAGGAGAGUGAGCGGCUUCAUCAGUUACAGUCCAACCUUGAGCCUUAUCCCAGGAAACUGGCUUGCGGCACCGCAGACGCCGCCCAGGCCCUCAUCCAUACCUGCCCGCCUUCGGAGGCCCAAGCCGAUCCAACGGGGCACCCCCUGACGCUUCCCUCCUGCGCUUCGGAGACACAGUCGUGCUGGGCCCAUGCCCCCGUUGAAUGCACCGAGCUGGAUCUUCACAAAUUUUCGAGCUGCAGCCCUUAUGCCAGUGUGGAAGGGCACAGGGAGGCUGUCAUCUGGGCCACACCAGGGGGUGCCGGAGAUAGAGUGGGGUUCACCCCUUCCCUGUACCACUUAGAGGGAAAGUCUCCUGCACCAGAUUCUUCCUUUAAGGUCUCUUCGGCCAAUGGUGGCCACACAUCCUGGUAAACUGCAAGCUGCCUCCUGAAUGGACUUCGAGCUCCAGUAUCGAUGACUUAUUCCAUAUCUGCUCUGCAAGUGGGGGGGGGAGGUGCAGUUUGGCUCCCUAGACUAGUCUUCCCUCCAUUUUCCAAAAGCAACUGAUUUAACUAUUUGAAUGAUCUUUCUUAUGUUUGGUCAAGGGGAGGGGGUGCCGCCACCGAGGCUUCUGGACAUUUCUUGUAUUUUUUUUUUUUUACUAAAUUCCACAAAGGAACCUAAAGUUAAGGGGAGUCCGGUGGUGGUAAAAAAUGAGAUUUUUUUACUAGCAUAUCUAACCCUCAAUCAACCUCCCCUCCCCCAGCCUCCAGCUUUUUAGAGUUUGGCGAAGAAUCUGAAUUUAUAUGGGUUUUGAACAUUCACUUGAAAAACCCAUGGUAGCUCUGACUGCCAAAACAGUGGUGGGCCCUGGGAAAAAAACAGACUCUGCUUUGAGAGCCCAGGGCCAGAUGGUUUCCGUGAGCCAAUCGUCUCCGAUGCCCAUCCCCACCAACUCAGGAAGUGCCCGUUCUGUGGGCCACCUUUUUGACUUUCCGGCUGGUUGGUAAAGACUUAUGCUCGCCCGGUGUUAUUCCCAGCUACUUCUGGGAUCCCUCAACCACAAUUUGGGCUGAAGACAAAUGUUUUUUUUUUUUUCCCUUUGACUUGGAAAAUGGGAUGCCAGCCUCAAAGACCUCAGAAGGACUGGGGAUUGGAAUAGGGAAUCCCUCAUGGGGCUCAGGGAUCAUAUUUAUGGUGCUUUUGUGAAUUCAAGACCUCUUCUGCCUCAUACCUGUCUGUCAGCUACUAGAACAGUCACCCCCACACACACACCCAAGAUUCUAGAGCAUCAGUUUGCAAAGGCUGGCCAGCCAGCUAACUUGAACUAUAUUUUUCUCCCCACCCCUGUGACCUGUCAGCUCUGACAAAUCUAACAAUUAUUGAGCACCUUCUUUUUUACAAGGCCCUGUGACUAUUCUAAUGGAUGGAAAUGAUGCAAGAACUUAAUUGAUAUAAGAAGCUGUUCAGAAGCUUAACAAACCUCAGAAUAUUCAGGUUCUGCCUCUCCCCCACCCCGGGGAUAUUGGGGGGAGGAGCAGGUUUUUGGUGGGCCUCCUCCCCCCCAGCUGUGUUCCAGAAGCCCCAGAGAAACUGCACAACACGUUACCAUCUGAACAGGCCCUGAUCCCCAGCAGGCACCCUCUUAACAGAGGCUAGGAACACCACAGGGGCUCCCUUCUUCCUUCUGGUCUGAAUUACUCAAUCUCUCUUGCUUUUAGGGAUCUCAGAAGUAUGUGUGUGUGUGCUGGGGGAGGGGGAGCCUGCCCAGGGGUUGGAAUGAAUCAAGGCUGUAUUUUGAAACUUAACUGGAUAUUACAAUAUCCAGUCUGCCCACCACAGCCUUUACCCACUCCUGUGCCCUGGGCUCGCUCCCUUCCCUAUCUUUGGAGUAUGAUGUAUAUGGGGCUUUGAAUCAGGAGUGAGGAAGAUAGGACAGUAGAGGUGAUUGCUCUGUACACAGUUGAAGACAUUUCCUGGUUGUGUUUUGUUUUGUUUUUUUAAACUGCAUUUAUAUGGAACCUGAGAUUGUCAUUUUUCCAGAAUUGUAAGAGAUAGUAAGUAUCUGAUUUCCUUCCCUCAAAGUGGGACGUUUUGUGUAUCUCUUUUUAUAAUUGAGACAUUUGUUGUAGAGAGCCUAAAAAUGGUUUUGAGGUUCUUGUUUUUCCAGAAUUUCAAGAAGCUUUGAGGGAAAUGACGUCAACAUUGGGAGUCGGGGUGAGGUGGAGCUUGGGUGUAAAUUUAGGGACAGCAGUAGAGCAAAAUUGCACUAGCAGAUCCAGCUUGGAACAUGGCCAGGGACUUACCAGCCCUGACAGAUUCUGUGUGCUUAGCUCACUGUGGGCAGUGGGGGCAAGGUCAACAAAAGGGGCCCAGAGGGAGAAACUCUGGUGAAAUGACCACAAUCCAGUGGCUUUCGGGAAGAUCUGAGGACAGUCCUAGAGUCUUUUUUGAUCAACCAUUUUUUAAAAAUUUCUUCUGGCCUCCUCUAGGAGACAUGGGGAGGAACACUAGCUUUGAAAGGGAUAGGCUUGUAGUUUCUCCCCUCACUGGGCCCUCAAGUUUCUCUCUUGCUAAAACUGGGGAUUUGGAGAAUGAGUGAGGGGUAUGUUGUGCCCCCUUUCCAGCUCCAAAUGAAAAAUUUCAUUAUUUCCUCUGUGCUUCAUAAUUUAGUCAUAUAUUUCUUUUUCUGUGGAUUUUGAAGUAGCAGUUCAGACCACAUGGUUUGUCUUCAAGAAUUGUAAUUUGUGAAUGUGUUUUCAGAGAGGAUUGUGUUCGAGCUAUUUUGCCACAUAUUGGUAACAGGGAAGAAGCAACCCCUGUUUCCUCCCUCAUUCUCCUCCUCUUCUUCUUCUUCCUCCUCCUCUUCCUCCUCCUUGGCCAGUUGCCAAGCCACUAUGCUUUCUUGAGCAACCAACUGGCCAAGAGGCCCAAUUUCCCCCUUUCCAAAGCCUUCAGGUGCUCAAGUCUCUGCUCUCGGAAAAGGGGAUAUGCCCCAUAUUUACUGGAUGUUAUUGCUGCCAGAGGUGUGCUCUUGGACUCUUAGGGAAAGAGGAGCAUCUAUUUCCUAUCAAAUGUGACUCUUACCUUGGAGCCUUUGCUAAGGCCAAAUUAAUUCCCCAUCAAACUGGUGCUAAUGGGUCAUCCGAUUCAUCCCCUCCACCCUAAUCCCAUCUGGGGCCAACUGCAGCAUGGCGGAGUGGAAGGGAUGAGACCUACUUUUUUCUGUAAAUACUGUAUAACUCAGGACUUUUCCACACUGGUGACUUAGGGAACCCCUUUGGGAUCUGUUUUGUUAUUCCUGAAUCCAAAACUCUGUAGGUUCUAUGGAGCCAUUGGCUAAUGUAGAAUGUAGGCAACUGAACAACUGAGUCACUCAGGGUAGCUGAUUACCACCUUGAGGUUGCCGGGCAGUAGCCAUGGACCAAGGAUUUCAGGACCAGAUUAAAUCAUUCAUUUCGGAUAAACAAAGCUGCCGAUAGGCUAGAUCCAUCUGGACCAGGACAGGCCAAGGUGGGGCACCUGAAGUAAAAUCACUGUGGAUUUGGCAGUCUAGUCCAGGCAAGGGAGCAAGGUCUUUUUAAAAAUUUUUUCUUUCUUUUUUUUGCAGGUUACUGUAUCCCCUCAUCUCCUUUUUUUCUAUAAUAAUGGGAUAUGUUUUCUGUUUGUUUUUUUUUUUCUUUUCCAGUCCCUUCUCCCAUCCCCUUUUUUUUUCAUCUACUGGUAAAUGAUGAUGAAACUAGAAUCCUGUUGACAUGAAUGAUAAUUCCCAAGUCCUUGACGGAGGCUUUUUACCACAGUUCUUGCCGUAUUAACAAAUGGUCAAGGACUCCGAGUCCCAGUAACUGCUCGAUGCUGGAAGAUACGGACACUGUGGAUGGAAAUUGGGGAUUACACAAGCUUAUAUGUUAAACUUCCCUACCUCACAGGGAAUCAAUUGUUGUGAGGACUUUCCUUAGUUAGAAGUGUGUAUAAACUGAGUGAUGAGUGAUUAUUAUAUUGUUGUUAUUAUAUAUUGUAUUGUGCUUUCCCUAGAAGGGUUUUUUUUUAAUUGGUAGUUGAUUCAUGCCUAUGAAAGAUCCUUCCCAAGUGGCUGCCAUGAGGAUUCAAUUUCUAGAAGGCUGAAUUCAGUUAGCGACUUCCUUUAAAAAGUUCUAAUGCCAUCCAUUGUCAUCAAGUGGGAUUUGAACGAAGCUCUGUUUCUAUAUUUAUGAAGAAGGGUUGGGGAUAUGGUGGAAAUACAGAAAAGCCCCAGUGGGUUCUCUAGGUGAGAACUGCUGGUGGGGAGAGAGGUGGGGAAUGAAAGGGAGGAGGAAUGAGUGAGAGGGGGAGGGGGCAACCAAAGGGGAUGGGGGAAGACAGAAAAGGGGAGAAGAAAGGAAGGCGAGAAAGAAGGGAGAAAUGAAGAGAAGACAAGGGAAGAGAUGAAAAAAGAAAGGGAGAGAGAGGGGGAGAGAAAGAAAAGGAUAGAAGGAAGGAUGCAAGAAAAAGAGAGCAGGAAAUGAAGGAAGAGGAGGAGGAGAGAGAAGGGGGCAGAAGCUGCCUUUCAUUUGCCAAAGCAUUGUCUUUUCCCUGUUUAUCUCUCGCCCUCCCACAUGGUUCCUUCUCCCCCAACCCCACCCUCCAUACCGUGAUACCAAGGAAAAGGACCACUUCUCUCUACCAUUUUCUUUUUUGAUCUUUCCCAGAUGAAAUUUGCUUAAGAAGCAGCUUUUAAGGGACAAGCAGCAAAAGGCUUUUCUUUUGUUAACAUAUCACAGUCGGCUUAAGCAAAAGUCACUAUGAUUGUCGGUCUGACUUUAAUAAUGGGUUUUUGUUGUUGCUUUUUUUGUUUAUGAUUUUUCUUGUCAUUGUUUUUAUUAGUUUCGUAGAUGUGGAGCUAGAAGGGCAAUCAGAGACCACGUGGGUGAGGCCUAAAAUAAAGGGUUGAACUGAUUGGCUGCCCCAGUCGCACCGGAGUAUAGUGGCAGAGGCAGGAAAUUGGCCCCGGCUCCAAGAUUUACUGGCCUCUAUUCUUGCCCUUUGGGGUGAAAAUUCUGAUGUGCAUCUAUAUGUUUUCCGACCAUGAGGGACGCUGUCGGGGAAAACAUCGCCUGCCAGUUCUAGAAUUACUUACUUGGAGUUAAAAAAUCUGAGUUUAAAUCCUGGCUGUGUAACUCAUGUGAACCGGGCCUCACUUAUUGGAAAGAAAAGGCCUCUGGGUGUCUUUGUAGCUCUAAAUUCUGAAAUUCUAACAAAUAGCCUUUGAGGCUAUUUUGUGAAGCAGGGGGGCGUAAGCAGGGAACCCGAUAGGGGAAUGGAAUGACUGCUCCAUAUGUAUUUUGGCAGCAUUUCCAGGGAAUUAUUAGAUAGUUUAAGAUUUGAAGGCUUGUUCUCAAGCCCAAGAGGUUGGGGCGGGGAGAGGAGUGGGAGAGGAGGUCUCCUACCCAUAGUUGCUCCAUCUUGGGUCGUUUAUUAUCUAGGGGCUUGGCGGCCCCCUUACUUGGAAAAGCCUGGGAAUUUUAUAUUAAAUGUAUGAUUUUCUGUUGUAAUAGAUAUUUAUGGAGGUUUUGCAGAUCUUUGGACAUCUUGCAUGUUUGGCUCAAAUAUGUUGGAUCUGUUUUUCUGGUACUCUAAGAAACCUCCUAAUUGUCCGUGAAAUAAAGAAACAAAGCAA